AUGACGAAACGGCGUGAAAAAAGAAGUGUGCAGAGGAAAUCGAUUGUCGAUCUCAAGCGAAACCCUCUGAAAUCAAAGCAUGACGUCCAGGAUUCACAAAAAGCUCAAAAUCUUUUGGAAAACUCAAAAAAGCGCCGUAAAAGAAGCGUGAACUUGAUCGAGAUCGUGACAAAAAACGAGACGACAACGUUGCCGAAAGAGACCGAAGAGGAGCCGGGCAUUCAGCAAUUUCCCGUCUAUGAGGACGAUUUGGAAAUUCGGAGGAGGAGAUCGAGCGAAGAAAAUAGAGAACAACAGUUGGAGAUUCCGGUUGAGGGCGCUAUUCAAGAGUUGAAAAUCAUGGACGACGCGGCCGAGGCGGCGAAACAAUGCGAUGAGCGAUGGGAUGAAGGCUCUGGCUCACCGUUGCCUGAUGAUGAUCCAGGAAGUCAUCGUGGUCAUGCCCGUGUCGUUGAAUUGCCCCCAGCUCCAACUCCUCCACCCCCGCCGCCACCGUUGAACGAUCUCCGGGAACAGCCACCCUACUCUUCCUCCAGCCACGCACUCCAAGGCCCCAGAGGCCCAAAAGGCGACCCAGGAGAACCGGGAGUGUGCACAGUGCAAUGUCGAGACGGUAAACAAGGCCAACCAGGCCCUCAAGGACCCGAGGGACCACAAGGAGUCCAAGGGCCACAAGGACAGCAAGGCCCGCCAGGCCCACCCGGUGCUUCAGUGUCAUCGGAUGGCCACGGAGGGUCAACAAUUCCCGGUCCACCCGGUUCCCAGGGUUCACCCGGACUCCAAGGACCACAAGGAGUACAGGGACCUCGCGGAGAUCCUGGGUUACCCGGCCGAGAUGGGCGCUCAUUCGAGCGACUUUCCGAGGAGGAUUACGAGCGGAUAAUUGGAGAUCCAAGGAUAAAAGGUGAAAAGGGGGAGUGUUUAAGCUCGAAUUCGAUUGAUUUGCCCGUCUAUAAUCCGAAAAUGCACAACCAAUUGGGCAAGGGUCAAAAGGGUGAUCGAGGCGAUCCGGGAGCGCCUGGUCAACCCGGAAACUCUGCACAGUCCACAGCUCCUCAAUCCAGCUCAGCCGCUGCGCCGAUUUUCCAAACGACUGUCGAUCUUUUUGGAACCGGAAGGAAUUUAAAAGAAGGCACACUGGCUUUUGUCACCUCAUCGCAACAAUUGUUUAUUCGAGUGACGAAUGGAUGGAAAGAAGUGAUGCUUGGCCAAUACCAUCCGAUUUUGGAGCCAAGACCCUCUACGCCAAUCGUCGCUGAGAGUAAUCUGAGAACGAAUACACUCGAGUAUUGGGAAGCGCCACCGGUGGAAACCCAGCGAUUGCCGAUGGCAGAACAGCCUGGGAAAGGGCUUGAAUCCCAUCCACUCAAGCCGCAAUUCGAUCUGAAAUCAUAUGAAGGCACAGACGCAAAACCGGAGACGAAAGAUCGAGUGCUGCACAUGAUCGCCUUGAACGUGCCGUUAUCGGGUCGAAUGUCUGGUUUGCGUGGAGCCGAUCUCCAGUGCUAUAAAGAGUCGCGACAGGCCGGCUUUGUCACCACAUUCCGAGCGAUGUUGUCAAGUAAAGUGCAGGACAUGUCCCGCAUUGUUCACGCGAUCGAUCGAGGCACUCGGGUGGUGAAUUUGAAAGGAGAAGAGCUAUUCCCAUCAUGGGAUGAAUUGUUGUUGGGACGACCACCAAAUGAACAAGUUCCACUCUACACAUUCCACCGAGAAGACGUUUUCACGUCACCGAAUUGGAACGAUCGUCGCAUUUGGCACGGUUCGAUCGAGGGUGGAAUGCGUGCGGAUGACUCGAUUUGUGAUGGAUGGAGGACGGGCAGUGCAUGGGAAACAGCACUCGCUUCACAGCUUGUUCCGGGACGACCACUAGUCGGUGACGCCGAAAAAGUCGGAUGUGAUGCGCGACUGGUUGUCCUCUGCGUUGAGAACAUGUCAAAGUACAACGUCGAUCGCAUCUUGGCAAAGAAAAAUGUGCACGAAUUGAAU